AUGGCCAGCCGGCCGCCGGGUGGACCGUCUCACAGCGAGAACCUGAUCGACUUUGACGACCACCAACCCACAUACUCCUCGGGCGCACCACCACCCGCAAACGACAAUGACCUCCUCCACCGGUACGAUAUAGACAGCUCCGACGCGGCGCCCCAGGGCCGGCCCUCUGUAUCGUACGAUGACUUUGUUGGGGGUGGGAGGGCGACGGCAGGCCUGCCGGGCGGGCCUGGCGCACCAACUGGUACCUCGCCCUAUCUGGGUGGAGCAAACAAUAACAGAGCCUAUUCGCAAACGUCGGACCUGAACAACUACCAACGGUACUCGGACGCAGAUAUACCACAUGACGACGACGCUUCCACGCAGGGCUACUAUGCUGCAGGAGGGGCGUAUGACCAGGCUUCACCAGGUAUACAGCGCGGGGCAUCCAAGAAGGCGCACAACAGGAAUAGUAUCCUGAGUCUCGGAGGUGGUCUGACGGGGAGAGUCAAGAACAUGUUCGGACAGGGGAACGAGUACUCUGAGAUGGACCUUCCAUUGACUGAGAACGCAGCACACCAACGGCAGCCCAGCGCGACCGCGAGCGCACGCGACGAUGGCCAAUCGUCAAAAACAAAGAAGGGUCUGGGGACAUUCAAAUUCGGCUUCGGCAGGGGUGCGCCAGACCCUUCAACACUGGGGCCCCGAAUCAUCCACCUGAACAACCCGCCUGCGAACGCCGCGAACAAAUACGUCGACAACCACAUCUCCACCUCCAAAUACAACGUCGUCACCUUCCUCCCGAAAUUCCUCUACGAGCAGUUCUCCAAAUACGCCAACCUCUUCUUCUUGUUCACUGCCAUCCUACAACAGAUUCCCGGCAUUUCACCCACUUCGCGAUUCACUACAAUUGUCCCGCUCGGCAUAGUUCUGUUAGUGUCGGCUGUCAAGGAGUACAUUGAAGACUACCGGCGAAAACAGUCCGAUUCCGACCUCAACAACUCGAAGGCGCAAGUUCUCAGAGGCUCUUCAUUCGAGGAUACAAAAUGGGUCAACGUGGCAGUAGGCGACAUUGUACGCGUCGAAUCUGAGUCACCUUUCCCAACUGACCUGGUCCUACUCGCUUCUUCCGAACCAGAGGGUCUGUGCUACAUUGAAACGGCCAACUUGGACGGAGAGACGAAUCUCAAGAUCAAGCAAGCUAUUCCCGAGACGGCUGAUUAUGUUAGUCCUGCUGAGCUAGCGCGACUGGGAGGCCGUAUUCGAUCAGAACAGCCCAACAGUAGUCUAUACACGUAUGAAGCAACCUUGACCAUCGCAGCAGGUGGCGGGGAGAAGGAACUACCACUUCAACCCGAUCAGCUGUUAUUACGUGGAGCUACAUUGCGAAACACCCCCUGGAUACACGGCGUUGUUGUCUUCACCGGACACGAAACCAAGCUGAUGAGGAAUGCCACUGCUACACCUAUCAAAACUACUGCAGUGGAGAGGAUGGUCAACAAGCAGAUUCUCAUGCUCGUGGUCAUCCUCAUAAUUCUUAGUAUCAUCAGCUCCAUAGGCGAUGUCAUCAUCCAAUCCACGCAAAGAGACAGCCUCGAGUAUCUCAGGCUUGAGACUUUCAACGGCGCCAAACAGUUCUUCCGCGACCUCCUGACAUAUUGGGUGUUGUACUCCAACCUGGUACCCAUCUCACUUUUCGUAACGAUCGAGAUCGUCAAGUACUAUACUGGCAGUCUGAUCGAUUCUGACUUGGACAUUUACUACGAACCAACGGAUACACCUGCGAAAUGCCGGACUUCGUCUUUGGUCGAAGAACUGGGUCAGAUUGAAUACAUCUUUUCAGAUAAGACGGGUACUCUGACCUGCAAUGUGAUGGAAUUCAAACAGUCCACCAUUGCUGGUAUCCAGUAUGCCGAUGAGAUCCCAGAGGAUAGACGUGCUACGAUUGAGGACGGCGUUGAGGUUGGUAUUCACGACUUCAAGCAGCUCGAGCAAAAUCGCAGGACGCACCACAACAAGUACAUCAUUGACCAAUUCCUCACCUUACUUGCAACAUGCCACACAGUCAUUCCUGAGCGAAAGGGUGAGAAGGCCGCUAUCAAAUACCAAGCAGCGUCGCCUGAUGAGGGUGCUUUGGUUGAAGGUGCGGUGACUCUUGGCUACAAGUUCAUUGCACGAAAGCCGCGCGCCGUCAUUAUCGAAGUCGAUGGUCGCGAGUUGGAAUACGAACUCUUGGCCGUUUGCGAAUUCAACUCCACCAGGAAGAGGAUGUCGACAAUCUUCCGCACUCCCGAAGGCAAGAUCGUCUGUUAUACCAAGGGUGCCGACACCGUCAUUUUGGAGAGACUUGGCAAGGACAACCCCCAUGUGGAAACGACGUUAACGCAUCUUGAAGAAUACGCUUCCGAGGGAUUGCGCACAUUAUGUCUUGCUAUGCGAGAAAUUCCGGAAAACGAGUUCCAGGAAUGGUGGACCAUUUUCAACACUGCACAAACCACAGUCAGCGGAAACCGUGCCGAAGAGCUAGACAAGGCCGCUGAGCUUAUUGAGCGUGAUAUGACUCUACUGGGCGCGACUGCUAUCGAAGACAAGCUGCAGGAGGGCGUGCCCGACACUAUCGCUACUCUGCAAUCAGCCGGUAUCAAGGUCUGGGUUCUCACUGGAGAUCGCCAAGAAACCGCUAUCAACAUUGGCAUGAGCUGCAAGCUGAUUAGUGAAGACAUGAGUCUGCUCAUCAUCAACGAGGAGAAUAAGGAAGACACACGGGACAACAUUCGCAAAAAGUAUCAAGCAAUCACCAGUCAGAGCCAAGGCGGCGCAGAGAUGGACGUCCUCGCUCUAGUCAUUGACGGCAAGUCACUUACCUACGCUCUUGAACGCGACCUUGAGAAGGAGUUCUUGGAUCUCGCUGUCAGGUGCAAGGCUGUCAUAUGUUGCCGUGUCUCCCCUCUUCAGAAGGCCCUUGUUGUCAAGCUUGUCAAACGCCAUCUCAAGUCUAUCCUCUUAGCCAUCGGCGACGGUGCGAACGACGUCUCCAUGAUCCAAGCUGCUCACGUUGGUGUUGGCAUCAGCGGUAUGGAGGGACUACAGGCAGCCCGCAGCGCAGAUAUCGCGAUUGGCCAAUUCCGUUACCUGCGUAAGCUUCUCCUCGUUCAUGGUGCAUGGAGCUACCAGCGUGUGAGCAAGGUCAUCUUGUAUUCCUUCUACAAGAACAUUGCCAUGUUCAUGACGCAAUUUUGGUAUUCUUUCCAAAACGGUUUCUCCGGCCAGAUCAUCUACGAAUCGUGGACACUGACGUUCUACAACGUGUUCUUCACAGCUGCGCCGCCUUUCGUCCUGGGUAUUUUCGAUCAGUUCGUAAGCGCAAGGCUCUUGGACAGAUAUCCGCAACUCUACCGACUCAGUCAAUCUGGCGUGUUCUUUAGGAUGCACUCUUUCUGGUCCUGGGUCGGAAACGGUUUCUACCACUCGCUAAUCCUCUACUUCGGCGCUCAAGCAUUCAUCCUUUGGGAUUGGCCGCAAUGGGAUGGACGAAAUGCAGGUCAUUGGGUCUGGGGAACUGCCUCCUACACAGCCAAUCUUGCGACCGUCCUUCUCAAAGCCUCUCUCAUUACCAACAUCUGGACGAAGUACACUGUAAUCGCCAUCCCAGGCUCCAUGCUGCUUUGGUUCAUCCUGAUGCCCAUCUACGCCGUUGUAGCACCCAAGGUCAACAUCUCUAACGAGUACGUUGGUGUCAUCGAGCGCUUGUUCCCCGACCCGCGGUUCUGGGCAAUGGUCUUGGUGUUGCCGCCACUCUGUCUUAUCCGAGACUUUGCAUGGAAGUACGCCAAGAGGAUGUACUUUCCGCAGAGUUACCAUCACGUCCAGGAGAUUCAGAAAUACAAUAUCCAAGAUUAUCGGCCACGCAUGGAGCAAUUCCAAAAAGCGAUUCGAAAAGUUCGACAAGUGCAACGUAUGCGCAAACAGCGUGGUUAUGCCUUCUCUCAAACAGACGAAUCACAAGCUAGGGUGUUGCAGGCCUAUGACACCACACAGCAAAGAGGACGGUUCGGAGAGAUGGCGAGUUCGCGGAAGUAA